AGAACCGAAAACAAAUAGCGACGGUUCAUUUUCUCUUUGAUUUUGUGUCUGAUUGUUAUCUAUCAAGAUAUCGAGAUGGUUCGCUUUUGAGUAGGUGGUCCCGUCACCCUCGUGACGUUUGAGCGAAAGGAAAGAAAGGCGACUCUUCACUUUUCUAUCUCUAUUCUCAGCUGUCUCUGGCCCUUGAGCAUUAUAGACAUGCGGCGGGCUAGAGCGGCACCACUGCCCCGCUUGGUCGACGUGCUUGGUGCGGGGCGAAGCUUUAUUCCCGGAAGUGACGUUCAGGAAAAAGUCUCUUGGCGGAACGAAAGAGCAGGAACCGGAAGUUCGGGGCGUCGUCGCCCUAGCAACGCCGUAGGGACGCUGUCUCCAGCGAAGCGGCCGCUGCCAUGGCGGAACCGGCGCCGCCCUUGACGCCCACCCCGACCACGACCCCGACGCCGGUGGCCCGGCAGAGCAGCGCCCCCAGCCCCGCCCGGGCCUACCACCUGCGCCCGGCCUUCCACCACAGGUUCCGUUCUUCCAUGGUGAAAGAUUGCAUCCACGAAAUCCUGAAGGAAGAGCUGGCCAAUGUGCAGUACAACCCGGAGGAGAUCGGAGGCCGAACCAAAGUCUUAUCCGAGCUGAUCCGCGACAGACUAAAAGCAUGGCUGCUCGUUGUUUCUGGGAUGCUGACACUGAUAACUACGCUGAGGAUGUUUUCAUCAAUGAAAGCCUCUUCUGUGUGGCUGUCGUCUUUGGCUGUUUUUUCUACUAAAGCCGACUGCAAGUUCAAAGAAGAACGGCAUUUCUUUUAAAGAUCCUGAAGAAAGCAGGACGAUACGCUCCGUUUCCCUCCCUCACGCCUUCCUGUGUGUGCUUGCACACGCGUGUAUACCAGUGUACAUAGUCCAUUGUGAGAAAUAUAAUUUCCAAAUGACGUUGUUAAGGUACCACAGACUCCAGCUCUUGCUGUUUUGUAUAUAAAGAGAACUCCAGCCCGGUUGCUCUGGGAAUGGAGAACAACCCACAGUUCAUUGCAUAAAUAAUUUCUCUACUGUGUUGCCCCCUGUGCUUAGUGACAUCUGUACAUGGGUGCUGAAUGUGACCAUUUAAAUACAGGUGUUAACAAACGUUACCCUUAUCCUUGCAAA